AACCAAUAAAGACUCCACAUGGGAGUUAUCCACAAAACAUGGCAACCACACCCACUCCCAUUUCUGCUGCAAACACCCCAUUUCACCCCAGAUUAAGACCACCUUCAUCUCCUUCACUGGUUGCAAAAUUCAGCAACCCCCUAUAUAUAAAUGGUAUAAUUACGAAAAACUCGAAAGUGAGUAAAAGUAAUGGUGUAUUAAGAAAUGGAUUGCUAAACAGAUAUGUGUUGGAUAAAGCUACACAAAGAGUUGAAUCGGCCAACAAGGAGCUAACUGAGAUCGAAAAACAAGAAAACAAGACAGUGUACAUCAAUCAGCUAGAAACCAGAGUCUCUAAGAUUGCAGAACUUGAGAAACAACAACAAAUGACAGAAAGUAAAACUGUUAACAUAAACGAAGAGAAGUUGGAAUCCAUAAAAGCUGCAUCCAUUUCGGCCGUUGUUGGCACUUUAGCAAGCUUGCCAAUUUCCUUGACUCAUUUUACCAAUUCCCAUCAGCUAACUGUUUCAACUUCAAUUGCCAUUAUUACAUGUGCAUUGUAUGGUGCAACCUAUCGUUAUACUAUCCGAAAAGAUUUAAAUGAUUUUCAUCUUAAGAAUGGAACUUCUGCAGCUUUUGGCAUUGUCAAAGGAGUUGCUACAUUGGAGGGGCGGCCAUCUUUGGAUGCAUUUAGUGGUGUCGUAUGCGUUUCUGAGAAUGUAUUGAUUUUUCUUUUAGCUGCUGCUGGUCUGGACUUCUGCUAUAAGAUGGGAAUAUUAAGUCCAUUUCCACUUGAAAGAUCGGUUUCAAGAACUAAAAUGUAACAAACAAAUAUAUAUUUAUACAAGGCAUAUUGUGUUUCUAAA